UCAACUGAUACUGAAAAAAAAUAAAUCCAAGCAAUUAUUCUGAUCUAUCCAGAGAACCCAAAAGUGUAGGAGACAUAGUCACGUUACAAUGGAGAAUGUGACUCCUAGUGCUAUGACUAACUUCACCAAUACUGAACCUCUGAGCAAUAUGCCAGAGAACUCAGUGGAAGUCCAGGUCAUCACCAUAUUCCUGUCCCUGCUCAUUUGUGGGGUGGGAAUAGCUGGCAACAUCAUGGUCGUGCUGGUGGUUCUCCGGACCAAACACAUGAUGACUCCAACUAACUGUUAUCUGGUCAGCUUGGCCAUUGCAGACCUCAUCGUCCUCUUAGCGGCUGGACUGCCCAACAUUUCUGAGGUGGUUUCUUCUUGGAUCUAUGGCUAUGCUGGCUGCUUGUGUAUCACUUACCUGCAGUAUCUGGGCAUCAAUGUUUCCUCUUGCUCCAUCACAGCUUUCACUGUUGAGCGCUACAUCGCGAUAUGCCACUCCAUCAAGGCACAGUUCAUAUGUACUGUAUCCAGAGCCAAAAAGAUCAUCGCCUGUGUUUGGAUUUUUACCUCACUCUACUGCAUCAUGUGGUUUUUCCUCGUCGAUAUACACGAGAUGGUUUACGCCAAUGGUGUCGUUGUGAGAUGUGGUUAUCGGGUGUCAAGGAACCUCUACAUGCCAAUUUACUUUUUGGACUUCACGCUGUUUUAUGUAAUUCCGCUGGUCGUAGCUACAGUGCUUUACGGGUUGAUUGCUAGAAUAUUGUUCAUGAACCCUUUGCCAGCAAACUUGUCAGAAAGAGGAAACGACUCAGUCCACCAGGGACGGACGAACAGCACGGUGAAGGUCUCCUGCAAGCGAAAUAAGGGUGCAGUGUCCUCCAGAAAACAGGUAACUAAGAUGCUGGCGGUGGUCGUGGUAUUGUUUGCGCUGCUCUGGAUGCCUUAUCGCACUCUGGUGGUGGUGAACUCACUCAUGGAUCCUCCAUACCUCAACACUUGGUUUCUGCUCUUCUGCCGCAUGAGCAUCUACACCAACAGUGCCAUCAACCCCAUCAUAUACAACGCCAUGUCACAAAAAUUCCGCACAGCUUUUAAGAAGCUCUGCCACUGCAAGGGCCCCACCAGUAAGGAGAAGGCAUCUAAGCUCAAUGCCCCAGUCUACUACAGUGUCAUCAAAGACUCCUCAAGUCCUGAAUACGAGACAGAGCAGGAGGAUGUUAGCACAUACAAUGUCUCUGCCAAGAGGGUGAACUUUCCCACCCAGACUGGAAGAGCGACUACUCCGGGGAUGUUUAACAUUGCUUGAAUAAAGAUGAGAAAAGACACUUAGUUUUUCUGCAAAUCAGCAGUUGAGGUUAUUAUGGCAUUCAUUAUGGGGAUUUAAAGAAAUGUUUGAUAUUUCAGCAUCUCACUAGUCCAAAUAUUCAUUUGGAAAUUGGAACAAAACAUUAAAGGUCACAGUUAAAAAUUGGCUGUAUGCAAGCUUCUUGAAGGUGGCAGAAAAUUUUUUAAGUUGACAAGUGUUUUAAAGGUAGAUAUUGUUAAGUAGGCUGUUUGCCAGCUAGGAAGAGCUCUUUUGCUGUCUGACUGUCUGAUUAAACUAAGAUGCAUGCGUGACACGUGCAUGCAUGGGAGUUGCUCAAGGCAUCCAUACAGUAUUUAUAUGUUUAAAAAAGCUGUCUCAUUUUUUCAGUCCAUUUGCUUAUUCCGCUGUGAAUAAUGUCCAAUUGGCCUUUCAUUUAAAAAGGAAAAUGAUAACUAGCCAUGAAGGAAAAUUAAUAUGUUACACAAAUAAACCUACUUGGGAAAAAAGUCUACUAAUGUGACAAAAAGCAGAAAGUAAAUUAGACACUAGAUACCACAUUUACUAGCAAAUUUACCUCAGUUAAACUUCUUUAGGUGGCAUCUGUUAGUGUGGAAGAAAUAUGGAACUUCAAUUGCCCCUUAGUCUUUAGCAUCCAACAACAACUCAUCUAUAAAUACCUAUAUACACUUACUGCAUACAUAUGCAUCCUUCCAGUUGGCCACUAACAAUAUUUCUAUACUUCAGUUUAAGGUCAGAACUAUAAAGUGAUAGCAUUAAUGCUAACUGUUAUAGGCUUUGUUGCCUGCAGGGAGGAUUUUCAAUAAUGGUACAGUGUGUUUGCAAAAUGAAUGCUGGGUAUUGCAGUGACAGAACACUGCCUAGCAUAAACAAAAUAAAGAUAUGAAAUCUGCAAAAAGCUAGAGAUUUCUAUGCAAUUUGACAGAUCAUACACUGAAUGCAAUUUUCAAGCUGAAAUUCCCAUUUAAGUAAAAUGAACAAUGUAAAAUGGUUCUACAAUAUUAAGCCUUUUCUUACAAAUUGCUGAGUACACAUUUAAAACAAACAAACAAGCCUCCAUCCAUUUUCUAUGCCGCUUAUCCUA